AUGCCUGAAGCUGGAGGGGAUAGACGUUUAAAUCCACCCACUAGUUCCUGCACAUCUGACAGUACUUACAAGCUGCAAUCAAGCUUGUCUGGGACGCUUCCCUCUGUUAUUCCUAAUGGCAGAACAACCACAAGUGAUACUCACUGGGAGAGCACUCUUUUUUCCAGCUCUCUCUCUGAUAUUUCUUGUAGAAAACUAGGGCUACCAAGAAGUGAUACUUUAGUCUUUAUGUCUGUAAACCGGGAGGAGGAACCUUUUGAGUCUUUAGAAGAGAUGGAGGCACGAACUAUUGGAAAUCUUCUUCCAGAUGAGGAUGAUUUUUUUGCAGGUGUCGUUGGACAUAAGUCUCGUGCCAAUGAUUUGGAUGACUUUGACCUGUUCAGCAGUGUUGGUGGCAUGGAAUUAGAUGGUGAUGUUUUUUCCACUGUGAGUCAAAGAGGCAGCAAUGUUUCUGUUUCUGGCGAGCUUCCUAAAGGGGAAAUUGUAUCCAGAACUCUUUUUGUUAGGAAUCUGGAUAGCAUCAUUGAAGACUGUGAGCUUAGGGUCCUUUUUGAGCAAUAUGGAGAUGUCCGGGCUCUUCAUACAGCUGGCAAGAGUCGUGGCUCUAUCAUGAUAUCAUACUAUGAUAUAAGGGCUGCUCAGAAUGCGAUGAGAGCACUCCACGGUAGGCUCUUAAGGGGAAGGAAGCUUGAUAUUCAUUAUCAUAUCCCAAAGGAGAAUCCUAAAAAAGAGAACACCAGCGAAGGAGCUCUGUUGGUUAAUAAUCUUGAUUCUUCGAUAUCCAGUGAAGAGUUUCACAGAAUAGUCAGUUCAUACGGAGAAAUCAGAGAGGUUCGUCAUGAGAACUCACAAAUAUACAUAGAGUUCUUUGAUGUUCGAGCCGCAGUGGCUGCUCUCCGAGGUCUAAAUGGGAUUGAGAUUGCUGGGAGGCAGCUUAAACUUUCCCCAUCCUGUCCAGAUGGUAUAAGUUUCACGCCACAGUUUGCUACAGAUGAUGUUGAGCGGCGUCUAUCUAAAAUGGCUUUUACCAAUCUAUCAUCAGCGCAAAUAGGAAGCCGUUUCCCAGGAAUAUUAGCUUCAACCUCCAUUAAUGGUAGAUCUAUGCACAGUUCUGUUGGAUCACCUGUGAAUUCCUUCAUUGAACGGCACCAGAAUCCUAAUGGGGUGCCACCUAGCAAGCCUGUUGAUCUUCAGGAAUCUGGAAACCCCUUUGAUAGUUCAAAAAUGGGGAUCCAAAGCAUGCCAAAUCUGCAUCCUCAUUCUUUUCAUGAGUACCUUGGCAACUUUGCAAGUGGUAGUCCAUAUAAAUCCUCUACGACAUUCUCUGAAAUGGUCAGUGAUAGCCAAAAAGCAAGUGAAGGCUUUAUGAUGAGCAACGGUCGUGGAGUGGGCGUAGAUGGGAUUAAUGGAGGUGGAUCCCUUCGUGCUAACCACAACUUGUGGAGCAACCCUAACACUCAGCAACAUAAUCCGUCAAGUGGCUUGAUGUGGCCUAACUCACCGUCUCGCGUCAGCAACAUUCCUCCUCAGCGCAUCCCACCUGUUACUGCAUUCUCUAGAGCAUCUCCUCUAAUGGUGAACAUAGCAUCAUCGCCUGUGCACCACCACAUUGGAUCGGCUCCUGUAUUAAACUCGCCUUUUUGGGAUAGAAGACAGGCCUAUGCAGCUGAAUCUCCAAAAUCCUCUGGAUUUCAUAUGGGUUCUCAUGGUAGUAGCAUGAGGUUUCCUGGCUCUUCUCCCUCACAUCCAAUGGAAAUGGGUUCUCAUAAGGUGUUGAGAUCAUCACCACAGAUGUCUCACCUGUAUAAUGGAAGGAGGAGCUCAAUGCUUUCAGUGCCAGGCUCAUUUGGCUUGCCUAAUGAACGGUACAGGAAUCUCUCUAACAGAAGAAGCGAUUCUAACUCUAGUAAUGCUGAAAAGAAACUGUUUGAGCUUGAUGUUGAUCGUAUAUUACGUGGGGAGGACAGCAGAACAACACUGAUGAUAAAAAACAUUCCUAAUAAGUAUACUUCUAAGUUGCUUCUAGCUGCCAUUGAUGAGUACUGUAGAGGAACAUAUGAUUUCUUUUAUUUGCCAAUUGACUUCAAGAACAAAUGCAAUGUAGGAUAUGCUUUCAUCAACCUUACCAAACCGGAAAACAUUGUCCCAUUGUACAAGGCAUUCAACGGUAAGAAAUGGGAAAAAUUCAACAGCGAGAAGGUGGCGUCUCUGGCAUAUGGUCGGAUCCAGGGACAAUCAGCUCUUAUUGCUCAUUUCCAGAACUCGAGUUUGAUGAACGAAGACAAACGUUGCCGGCCUAUUCUCUUCCACACCACUGGUCCAAAUGCUGGUGAGCAGGAAACAUUUCCAAUGGGUUCGAACAUUCGGUCAAGACCAGGGAAGCAUCGAACAAAUAGGUUUGACAAUUACACCAACUUUAGCAACAGCUCUGAAAACCGAGAAGAGACAGAUUCGUUCUAACCGAUGAGCAAGACAGUUUUCAUGUCAUAAGUCAGACUAACCUUAGGCAUCUUCUGCAGAGGUAAAACAUAGAAAGAGAAGAGACCCAAAAGAUUAAGACAAAGGUAAAUAUACUUGUUCAAGUUUGCUUCACAAGUUUUGUUGUAUCAUCAAACCCCAGAGAAAUCUUGCUGUUUUUUUUCUCUUCUAAACUUUUAAAUCUUUCCAACCAAAAAGUAAUUGUAUCUAGAAGGAUCUAUUUUUGUACUUUGCUUACAAAAUGUAACAAGAAACUAGUAGGAUCGAUGUGUUCAGUUAUGUCCAACCAAAAAGAACUGUUGGGAUGUGUCUACAAAGGAUUUU